AAAGGUGUUUGUGUGUGUGGGGGGGGGGGGGGGAGGGGGCGGUGCUGAGCAGCCACGAGAGCUGCGAAACCCCGCCCCUUCCGGUCGCGGCGAGGACGCGGCCACAGCAGCCGGGCGCGGCGGGCGCCGGCUGGGCCCGCCCCCUUUUCCGCGCCCCGCCCCGCGACUCCACCGGUGCAGCGCUGUCAUCUCCCUCAACGUCCCGCCCAGACUUAUUGUAUGCUGAGUCGCUGCGGUCGCCAGCUGCUGCACAUCGUGGACCUUCGCUUUCCGCUGUUGAGUAGCCGGCCGCUUUACCUCUGUCCUCAUCACCCCAUGAAGCCGCUUGUCGUGUUCGUCCUCGGGGGUCCCGGCGCCGGCAAGGGGACUCAGUGCGCCCGCAUCGUCCAGAAAUAUGGUUAUGUACACCUCUCUGCAGGAGAACUUCUUCGUGAUGAAAGGAAGAACCCAGAUUCACAAUAUGGUGAACUGAUUGAAAAAUACAUUAAAGAUGGAAAAAUUGUGCCAGUUGAGAUCACCAUCAGUUUGUUAAAGAGGGAAAUGGAUCAGACAAUGGCUGCCAAUGCUCAGAAGAAUAAAUUCUUAAUUGAUGGAUUUCCAAGAAAUGAAGACAACCUUCAAGGUUGGAACAAGACCAUGGAUGGGAAGGCGGAUGUAUCUUUCGUUCUGUUUUUUGACUGUAAUAAUGAGAUCUGUAUUGAACGGUGUCUUGAGAGAGGGAAAAGUAGUGGUAGGAGUGAUGACAACAGAGAAAGCUUGGAAAAGAGAAUUGAGACCUAUCUUCAGUCAACAAAGCCAAUUAUUGAUUUAUAUGAAGAAAUGGGGAAAGUCAAGAAAAUAGAUGCUUCUAAAUCUGUUGAUGAAGUUUUUGAUGAAGUUGUGAAGAUUUUUGACAAAGAAGGCUAACUCUAAACCUAAGAAUAUCCUAGAAAUCAUGCUUGAAUAUUGCUUUGAUAGCUGCUAUUACAACCCCUUUUUAAGGCAAUUUUAAUCUUUCAUAAUUACAUCUCAAUUAAUGGUGGGAAAGUACAUAGUAAUAAAAAUUAUUUUUUUUAUCUUCAGACCUUUUUUUUUUUUUUGGGGGGGGGGUCCCAUAAGUAGACAGUGGUGAGUUUGGUUCUAACUUCAUCUUAGCUAUGGUGCUCACAAAUCAAGGCUAUCAGCUAGCUCUUUGUUUUUAUUCAAAAAAGAAGAUCCCUUUUUUAUAGUUUGUGCUUUAUGUGAGCAAAACUUUUUAAUAUGUAUGUACAUCUCAUUAGUAAUCACAACACGCUUAGGAAUUUCCCUUUCCUAUAAUUCUUGCAGGUUUUAAAUUUCCAACCUGUUAAGUGAAUUUGUGGACCAAAUUCCAAGGAACUUUCUGUGUAGUCACAAUGUGUUAAAUAGACCCAUAAAAUGAAUUCUUAGAAGUAUUUAUAAAAUAACUGACCAUUUCCUAUAGAAAGCCAAGAAUACAGGUUUGUUUUAACCACAGCUUGUACUAAGUUUUAUGACAGAACAUGCUUUUUGUUUCCAGGGAUUAGGGGUUCAAAGCCUGGCCAUGUUGUCAGCUUUAUUCUGACAUAGGGGGUAAGGAUCACAUCUAAUAACAUGUGUUCUUUAUGAUCAAUUGUAGAGUGUAUUGGUGAUUAUACUGAUCUUAAGAAAGUUCCCAUCAGUGGAACCUUGAAGUGCAUGUGGCUAGAUUUAUGCUAAAAAUGAAUCAGUUAGUGCUUUAGUGACAUUUCGAAGGGUUUUUGUUUAAAAACAAAGGGUUUUUUUUUUAUUUUUAGACCAGAUAGGAAGAUACUAGAUAUCUCUUAUUAGAAAGAACUAGUAAAAAAAAAAAAAAAGGUUAAAUUUCUAAUAGUUAAAUUUUCCAUUUGUAUUUUAUUUUCUUGAAUACUUUUUCAUAGUUAUUUAAGAAGAUUUAAAACUCAUUGCACUUUGGUCAAAAAAUAAAUAUAUCUUAUAAAUGCUUGA